AUGAGAGCCGCCGACUCAAAUCCUCAACCCCGCAAUCUCGCAUUGGCAAUUGUGUCAUACCAGAACGGUUACGGCAUGUCAUUCGACAAGACGUCUGGAAUUCGAACAGGUUACCUCAUUCAGUCCAUCAUGGCUAUCUCCAUCCUGACAUCCGUGAUGAUGAACCAGCCGCUGCGCUCUACUCCCAUGCGGCCGGUCCAAGUCAAAAUAUGGAAGUUGUCAGGUACACCAGAGUAUUUCCCGAGCGCGGCAUUGAGGGACCAUCGACAUUCAAAACAUCCCAGCUUUAUGGCCGGUGUGCUCCUGACGUGGAAGCUCGCUUCCAACGAUGGGCAGCAGACAGAGCUGCCCUACAUCAACGUCAAGCGCGCACGAACGUUGACAAAUUGA